AAGAGAUUUUAAAGGCACUGCGAAGACUACUGUGUACUUUUGCAAGAAAAUUUUCUGGUCAGCAAAGAAAGAUUCCCUCUGUCAUUUGCUCACCCGAUGCGUCAGCUCAACACCAAACCUGUUGCCACAUCAUCUUUACAUAUACAUGCAUGAAGUCUCAUAGUGCCACUUGUAAAUUGCUACUUUCACAAUCUGUCCCUCACACAAACUCUCUCUGCUAUCAGUCGAUUUGUGUUUGAAGUUAGAAGAGAAAAAAUGGUGAAAUCUCAAGAGCAUGAACACCCCAAGAAGGCAUUUGGAUGGGCUGCUAGAGACUCAUCUGGUGUUCUCUCUCCCUUUAAUUUCUCAAGAAGAGAAACAGGUGAGAAAGAUGUGACAUUCAAAGUGCUAUACUGUGGUAUAUGCCAUACUGAUCUUCACAUGGUUAAGAAUGACUGGGGUUCUUCUACCUAUCCUCUGGUUCCCGGGCAUGAGAUUGUUGGUGUAGUGACAGAGGUAGGGAGCAAAGUAGAAAAAUUCAAAGUUGGGGACAAGGUAGGAGUUGGGUGCGUGGUAGGAUCCUGCCAAUCUUGUGAUAAUUGUGCAAACAAUCUUGAGAAUUACUGCCCCAAAUAUAUACUCACCUACGGUGCCAAGAACCAUGAUGGAACCAUCACAUAUGGAGGUUACUCUGACUUCAUGGUGGCCGAUGAGCACUUCGUAAUUCGUGUUCCGGACAACCUUCCUCUUGAUGGUGCUGCACCUCUUCUAUGCGCAGGGAUCACAACCUACAGCGCAUUGAGAUAUUAUGGUCUUGACAAACCUGGUAUGCAUGUGGGUGUGGUUGGUCUAGGUGGUCUUGGACAUGUGGCAGUGAAGUUUGCCAAGGCUCUGGGGGUUAGGGUUACAGUAAUAAGUACCUCCCUUAAUAAGAAGGAGGAAGCUAUUGAACAUCUUCGUGCCGAUUCAUUUUUGGUCAGCCUUGAUCAAGAUCAGAUGCAGGCUGCCGUGGGCACAAUGGAUGGCAUUAUCGAUACGGUUUCAGCAGUCCACCCACUCUUGCCUUCAAUUGCUUUGUUGAAGCCUAAUGGAAAGCUUGUUAUGGUUGGUGCACCAGAGAAACCCCUUGAGCUUCCAGUUUUUCCUUUGCUAAUGGGAAGAAAGAUGGUAGCUGGUAGUAAUAUCGGAGGCAUGAAGGAGACACAAGAGAUGAUUGAUUUUGCAGCCAAGCACAACAUAACAGCCCAAGUUGAGGUUAUCCCAAUUGAUUAUUUGAACACUGCCAUGGAGCGCCUUGCCAAAACAGAUGUCAGAUACCGAUUUGUCAUUGACGUUGGAAACACAUUGAAGCAUACUUAAAUUUUGCAUCCCAGUCUAAAUCAUGGAUGAACAGGCAAUCGAAAUUUGAUUUUGUGGUCUCAAUUUUUGUUGUGUUUAAUUUAAACUCUUCUUGGUACCAUCAGCACAAUAUGAUAGGAUGGAUCUUAUCUAAAAGAAUAAAUGAAGAAGUUUGCUGAUUUCGGAAUCAAGUUUCAGGUGAGGAUUUGGUUUGGUUUGUUCCAAUCAAAGGUUCCAGUUCCACCAAUUCAAUAGUUUGAAAAACAAUCACAUAUCAACCUUGUUUGGAAAUUUUUAAAUCAGAGAUUGGAA